AGCUGGCGGCGCCAUUUUGGGUCUCUCUUCCUCCUUCCUGGCGGCUCUCCUUCCUCGGCGCACGUGUUUCCUACCGGCUGCGUUGCGAUGGCGGCCAAUACGGGAAACCUGCCGAUGCGGCUGCUGCGGAAGAAGCUCCACAAGCGGAACCUCAAGAUCCGGCAGCGCAAUUUGGCCCAGCAGGGAGCGGCUGGGGCUCCGCCUGGAGAUGCAGUUGAUGACCACCCAGAAGACGACAAUACAUCCAAUGUGGUGGAGGGACACAGAACAAAGGAUGUGGAUCAGGCUAAUGAAAUACAAGAGACAGAAGAAACUGAAUGUACCCAACCUGAAUUGAAAAAAAAGAAGAAGAAAAAGAAGAGAAAAAUUGUGGAUGACACAGAAAAUGAAACGAAAAAAGCCAAGUCUGAAGAAGAGGAAGCAGAGGUACAAGAAGAGACCAUAAAUGGGGACCCUGAAGAAGAAAAUGGUGGCAAUCUGACUGAGAAAGAAGUGGCUGAGGAUGCUGAUGGACCAGUGUUGCCUCUAGGACUGACAGGUGCAUUUGAGGAUACAUCUUUUACAUCUCUUAAGAGCCUUAUCAGUGAAAAUACUUUGAAAGGAAUAACAGAAAUGGGUUUCACGCACAUGACAGAAAUUCAGCAUAAAAGUAUUAAACCGCUUUUGGAAGGCAGAGAUAUUCUAGCUGCAGCAAAAACUGGCAGUGGCAAAACCCUUGCAUUUCUUAUUCCAGCAAUAGAACUUAUCUACAAGUUAAAAUUUAUGCCAAGAAAUGGUACAGGUGUCCUCAUUCUGUCCCCUACUCGGGAGCUGGCCAUGCAGACCUACGGUGUCCUCAAGGAACUCAUGACUCAUCAUGUCCACACCUAUGGUUUGGUGAUGGGGGGCAGCAAUAGAUCUGCUGAGGCACAGAGGCUUGGAAAUGGCAUAAACAUCAUUGUGGCAACUCCAGGACGACUUCUGGACCACAUGCAGAAUACUCCAGGCUUUAUGUACAAGAACCUGCAGUGCCUGGUAAUUGAUGAGGCUGAUAGAAUUUUAGAAGUUGGGUUUGAGGAAGAAAUGAAACAAAUCAUAAAACUUCUCCCAAAGCGCAGGCAGACCAUGCUGUUCUCUGCUACACAAACCCGUAAAGUUGAGGACCUGGCAAAAAUAUCUUUAAAGAAAGAACCAUUGUAUGUUGGGGUUGAUGACAAUAAAGAAACAGCAACUGUAGAAGGUCUUGAGCAGGGUUAUGUAGUGUGCCCUUCAGAAAAGAGAUUCCUCCUGCUAUUUACUUUCCUCAAGAAAAAUCGGAAGAAAAAGCUGAUGGUAUUCUUCUCUUCAUGUAUGUCCGUGAAGUACCACUAUGAACUCUUGAAUUACAUUGAUCUCCCAGUUCUGGCCAUUCAUGGCAAGCAGAAACAAACCAAACGGACGACCACCUUUUUCCAGUUCUGCAAUGCAGAUUCUGGCAUACUCUUGUGCACAGAUGUCGCUGCCCGAGGACUUGACAUACCUGAGGUUGACUGGAUUGUUCAGUAUGACCCACCAGAUGAUCCAAAGGAAUACAUUCACCGUGUUGGUCGAACUGCCCGUGGUAUAAAUGGAAGAGGACACGCUCUGCUUAUUUUACGGCCAGAAGAACUGGGUUUCCUCCGUUACCUAAAGCAAGCCAGGGUACCAUUAAAUGAAUUUGAAUUUUCUUGGUCCAAAAUAUCUGAUAUCCAGUCUCAGCUGGAAAAACUGAUAGAGAAAAACUACUUUCUUCACAAAUCUGCUCAGGAAGCUUAUAAAGCCUACAUAAGGGCGUAUGAUUCUCAUUCUCUGAAGGAAAUCUACAAUGUCAACAAUUUGGAUCUGAUAAAGGUCGCUCUGUCUUUUGGUUUCAAGGUUCCACCAUUUGUGGAUCUAAAUAUAAACAGCAGCCACGGGAGGAGGUUGCAAAAAAGAGGUGGUGGAGGAGGAUUUGGUUAUCAGAAGUCAAAGAAUGUUCAGAAAUCCAAAAUCUUCAAGCAUAUUAACAAGAAAAAAUCAGAUAGCAGACAAUUUUCCCGCUGAAAUGCUUUUUCCGUAUUCACUGAAAUGGCUUUUGGGAUCAAAAUUUAAGUAAAUUGUUCUGUACUCCUCAGCAACAUGUCUGCAGCAUAAAAUUAUAUAUAGUAUUUAAAAAUUCGGCUGAAACAAACUUUUGGGCUAUAGCAAAGCAAGGGAAGAACAUUUCUGUGGGAGCCCUUCCCCAACUUGUAUUUGCAUAGGCAUCAUGUACCUAGGCUCUAAUCUCGUCAGAGAAAAUAGAUGUGUUCUUGAUCUCAUGUGGUCUCGUCCCAUCCCUCUGUGUGUGCUGCAAAGCACAAUCUUAAAACAAGACUGUCUCUUCAGAGAUAUUGCAGGAGCACCAGCAAUUGAAUCAUUUGGAAAUCGGUUCUUUUGACACUCUGCUAUGCAAGUUACAUUUUAAAUAAUGGAUUUUCUUCCAAGAACUUGUUGCUGGGCAUGUAUGAAAUUGUGAUAUAUGAAUAUAUUAGGCAAUAUGUUGUUUUUGUAAGAAAUAAUAGAUAUUUUUAUCAUCAAGAUAAUCUUAUAUUUUCUUGCAAAACAACGAUAGACUUUUCUAAUGUCACACCACGUAUUCUGAAUCUCCAGAGGUGGUGAGUUUGCUGGCUUUACCAACUGACUUUUUCCUUCAAAUAAUUCCUUUCUUUCCUCUUCAAGAAUGAAAGAUAUUUCUAGAUAGAAACACACACACCACAUACAUACAGUUUGAAAAUGUCAGAAGAGUUGCACUCAUUCUGUGUUGAAUCAUAUGGUUUAGAUCCCAAACAUGUUUCUGUUUUCCUUGGUCUAACCUAGAGCCAUCUCUUGGGACGUUGGUUCUUGCCCCUCUUGGACAAGCUUAGACUCUACUGAAGAUGGAAUCACGCUGUUCUGCACAUCUUGUCUUCGGCAUCUUUACUGGUUGAGUAAUGUUUUGGCUUUGAGCAGUAGUCCCACGUUUUGCAGUUCAAGAUAGUUGUGAAUCCAAGUGGUUUGAUUUCAACAGUCAUGAAAUUGGUUCUAUGAGCCUAGCCAGACUUUUGCCUGGCAUUUGAGCAGGAGACCUUCUGAUUGUGCCUGUGGAACUUGUUUUGAAUUGCAGAUGAAUUUCAUAAGCAGUUUCAUCUGUGGUACAGGAAUAGAUGUGCUGCCAGCUGUCUAAGAAAAGAAGCAUCAGUGUUUGCCGAAAUAGUUCUCUAGGUAGCACCCAAGGUACACUUUCCCAAUCCUUCAGAUGUUUUGGACUUCAACUUUUUUCAUUCGUAGCCAGCUUGGCUAAGACCAUCAUGUUUUGAGGGCAUUAGCUUGGGAAAGGCUAAAGAGUAAUAUAAUCUCCACUGAGCAUUAGCUCUCAACGUGGUAGCAUUAUGAGAAUCUUUUAAAAGGCUGUAAAAAUGAACUAGAAACCUAAGAUUUCUUGUGCACGUCUUCUGGUAUCAAUCUUCUGGAUAUUUAAUAGCCUCGGCCAUCACACACUCAAGGCUUGUCUCAUAAAGAUGACUGAUAGUUUUGGGCACUAAUACUGUAUUUCUUGAGGAAUUGCCUCCCACUCAGAGAACCUUGACGAGGAAAUUGAACUUUGUAAGCCAGUUAAAUAAAAGUGAUCAAAAUGUUCAUGUGGGAGAUUUUGAGAGGAACUUAGCUGUAGACAGAUGAAAGAAAUUGCAGUUGCCUUGCUGAAGCUUCUAACAAUAACAAUAAAUAAAUACACCAUGUGUAA